GAACGCCCCUCCCGUCCAAUAACGUGCACACGCCCCAGGUGAGCAGACACAAAGCGGAAGUCAAGUCCUCGAUGCAAGUGAUCCAAGCAGUAGCUACUGAGCCACCACGAUGGCGAACACAGACGUAACUCGCUACUGUCACAGCUUUUCCUACAUCUUUCUCAAAUUCAUUCUCUUCUCCUAUGCCAUCGUUUGGUGGCUGAUAGGUGGCUUCAUCCUGGCAAUAGGUAUAUAUGCUGAGGUGGAGAGGCAGCGCUACAAGACAUUGGAGGGGGUGUUCCUGGCCCCUGCUUUGAUUCUUAUACUCCUGGGAAUCGUCAUGUUCAUUGUUUCAUUCAUUGGUGUCUUGGCAUCACUCAGGGAUAAUCUCAUUCUCCUCAAGGUGUUCAUGUAUACACUGGCGGUGUGUCUCGUUCUGGAGCUGCUGGGUGGAAUUUUGGCACUUGUGUUUCGCAACCAGACAGUGGAUUUAUUGAACAAGAACAUAAGAAGAGGCAUAGUUAACUACUAUGAUGACUUGGACUUCAAAAACAUCAUGGAUUUUGUCCAGAGGAAGUUUAAGUGUUGUGGCGGCAAAGAUUUUACCGACUGGUCAGUCAACAUGUACCACAACUGCUCUGCGCGGGGUCCACUGGCCUGUGGGGUGCCUUAUACCUGCUGCAUCAUUAAGCAAAAUGAAGUCAUAAACACAAUGUGUGGCUACAAAGCAAUGGAACUGGAGCGCUUAAACCUGAUCGACAUGAUUCACAUCAGAGGCUGCACAGACGCUUUCUUCAUUUGGCUUACGGACAACUACAAGAUUAUGGCAGGACUGCUACUGGGGAUCCUGCUGCCUCAGUUUUUUGGUGUAGCCAUUAGCUGGUUGUACAUCACCCGAGUGGAAGACGCCAUCAGCCAGUAUGGGAACGUUACAGACGGACUUCUGGACUCUAAUGCACAGAGUGGACACCACAAAAGGCAAGGCCGAGUGGCCAAGUGGUUUAAGUGUAUGCCUGAGUUUGACUGAAGAGCAUAUUGGGCUCAAAUGUCUGCAGAACUGAAUUCUUCUCACUGCUCAGGGACAAACACCAUGAAGGUACAGACUGAAUUAACGUAAUCAAGCCAAUUAUUUCUGUUUGUUUUACCUCUCCUUGGCGCAAUGUAUGACUUCUCAUUGCAACACAGAGUGGGACAUGAGCUACUUCAACAAAUAUGCAGCAGCACAACCGAUAAGUCUAAAGUGGAAUGCUCUCGGUGUCUCAGGAACUGGAUGAAACUUUUUUUAAGAUGAUUAUUUAUGGCAUCGAGAGAUGCCAAAUUAUUUUUCUCUGCCAAGUUUAUUUUAUUGUAUUGUGAGUCCCUGCAUGGUACACAAUACUCUCAUUAGUUUUAAGUGACCAAGUUUUAUAUAUAUUAUGGAUUCUGAUGUGUAAAUAUUUAAUAUUGAGUGAUAGUUUUUCAUUGCCAUUGACAGCAAUCAAACAAUCGCAAGCAGCACACCCAGUCUGAUUGGAUUGGAUGUCUAUUACUGUCAAUGGCAGCCAAUGAGUUAACACAAAAAAAUAAAUCAAUCUAUUUUAAAAAAAAAAAAAAAAAACAUCUUUUACACUUCAUUUCGAUCCUCUGAAAAUUAUGUGAACGGGCCCGAUUUCCUAUCACCUGAUCCAACUGGGGGACAUCCCUAAUACGAAUUCAUUGACCUUAUACAGUAUUUAUCGGACUACAAGUCGCACCUGAGUAUAAGUUUCAUUUAUGGGGGAAAUUUAUUUGAUAAAAUCCAACACCAAGAACAGACAUGUCAUCUUGAAAGGCAAUUUUAAAAAAAAUAGAAUAAAGAACAACAGGCUGAAUAAGUGUACGGUAUGCUAGUAUUUGCAUGAACUGAGAACGUGCCUGGUAUGUUAAUGUAACAUAGCUACAGUAUCAAGAGUUAUUCAGAUACCUAUACGAUAAAGAACAUGCCAACAAGUUUACCAGAUAACCUCUGCAUUUCAACAGUUCUCGCUAACUCCAAACUUUAUUUCUGCUGCCUGAUUACCAUUUUCGAUUGCAUAUUUCACUACUUGCCACUUGUAAUCCGCAAAAUAUGAUUUUCUUUUUGGUGCUAUUUUGUUCAGCCCGUCUUGGUUGUUUUUAAUUAUUUUUAUAAGUUACCGCAUAUGAGACCAAUUCUUCCGCGACACAGCCAAUGUUGAAGGACAGGCCUUGCCUUAAGCGCCUUCUUACAGUUUAGUGUGAAAAUAAUGUGAAAUGAUAUAUUAAUGUGUUAAUAAUUUAACACUUAAGUCACUCCAGAGUACAAGUUGCACCCAUAAGCGGAUUUUAAGGGGGGGCCAGGGGGGCCCCUGGUGGCUGAAACGUGUCAUUGCAUGUAAUUGACUCUCCUACAUAUAUAUAUAAAAGUUGUAACGCAAUAAAACUGCAACAAAAAUGAAUUCAGGAAGAAAAAUUUUUUUAUAAUGGGUCGAAAUUAUUUUUUGAGCACCUUAGACAGUCAUUUGCUUUGCAUAUAAUUAUAUAUAUAUAUAUAUAUAUAUAUAUAUAUAUAUAUAUUUAUUUAUUAGAGAAAAAAUAUUUUUAAAAUGAUUUUUUUCUUUGAUUGAAAAUAUAUAUUUUUUGAUUGAAGCAGCUUUUCCUAAUCAUAAUAUGGCCCAAACACAAAAAGGAUUGCUUUAAUCAAAGAAAACUGUUUCAAUGAAAAAUUAAGUGUUCAAAUUUUUCAAUCUCAAAUAUUUUUUCUCAUUCAAAAACUUUUUUCUAUGAUUGAAAAUUUUCUUUUUUUGAUUGAAGUGAUUUUUCUUUUUGAAAAUCUAUAUUUUUUUGAAGCAACUUAUUUUUUGAUUGAAUAAUGGAGAAAAAUGUCCCAGCCAAAAUGGGACCCAAACACAAAUCAACAUCAUUUCAAUCAAAAAAAAAAAAAAAAAACCUUGACUAAAAUAAAAAUAAAUAAAUAAAUAAAUAAAAUUAAUCAAAGAAAAAUAGCUUUCACAUGCUGUUUUUUGAGUUUCAAAUUUAUUUUUGCAUUUAAACUAGGGCUGUGAAACGAUUAAAUUUUUUUAUCGAGCUAAUCACAGCUUAAAGAUUAAUUAAUUGUAAUUAAUCGCAAUUCAAACCAUCUAUAAAUAAAUCCAUAUCCAUAUUUCAAUCCAUAUUUUUCUGUAAAUUAUUGUUGGAAUGGAAAGAUAAGACACAAGACGGAUAUAUACAUUCAACAUACUGUACAUAAGUACUGUAUUUGUUUAUUAUAACAAUAAAUCAACAAGAUGGCAUUAACAUUCUGUUAAAGCGAUCCAUGGAUAGAAAGACUUGUAGUUCUUAAAAGAUGAAUGUUAGUACAAGUUAUAGAAAUUUUAUAUUAAAACCCCUCUUAAUGUUUUUGUUUUAAUAACAUUUGUAAAAUUUUCAAUCAAAAAAUAAACUAGUAGCUCGCAAUUGUUGAUGUUAAUAAUUACACAAUGCUAACGGUGCUUAAACCCAUAAAAUCAGUCGCACCCAAGCGCCAGCAGAGGGCGACAAAACACCAAAAAACACAAGUAACAAGGGGGCAUUACACUGUGCUGUCAUUUUAAUCCGUUUGAGCGGGGCAUGUGUGUUAAUUGCAUCAAAUAUUUUAACGUGAUCAAUUAAAAACAUGAAUUACCGCCCGUUAACGCGAUAAUUUUGACAGCCCUAAUUUAAACACAUUUUUUUUUGAUGAAGUGACUUUUUAUGGGCUGAAAAUAUAUAUUUUAAUUCAAGCAAUUUUUUUUUUUUUUUUUAUAUAGACGCAACAUUUUUGAUUGAAUAAUAGAGACACAAAUCUUCCUCCAUAUGGCUCUGCCCAGGGGAUACAAUUUUUGCCUGGGGUAACUACAUUGGCACGACACCGGCGGGUGUACCAAAUUCAUUGGAUGACGAUCUUGGAGAAAAGUAUUGCCUAAGCAGCCUGAUUUAGAAUUCCCCUCAAGAAUGAUGGGAAACAAAAAAAUGCUCAUUGUCAAUGUAAUAUUAUAUUCUUGUGAGUUAAUUUUAUUGCUGAUACUGCGUUUUGGGGUCAUCAACAUGUUGUGCCCCCCCUGCCCCAAAAGUCAAACUCCGCCUAUGGUUGCAUCCCUGGCCAAACUGAUUAAAACAAACAAACAAACAAACAAAAAA